AAGAGAAAGAGAGUUCACCGGGAGUUAGCGCCUACGCUUGCUUGGAAUGAGAAUAUUAUUCUUUUUGCCCUAAUUUCCCCUUAGUGAAAACUACUCUACAAAUAGUAAGUUGAUUAUUCUCUCCUCAGUCAGUCCUCACUUUUCUCUUCUCUCUGUGAAAUAAAAAAACAAAGAAAAGAAGAAGAAGAUGGAGAAAUCUCAGAUCUGGUUUGGUAUUGUAUUCCUAGGUUUACUUUUGUUAUCAUCAGCUGUUACUGCUGAUGAUGUUGUUAUUCUUACCGAUGAGAAUUUUGAGAAACAAGUUGGUCAAGAUCGAGGUGCCCUUGUUGAAUUUUAUGCUCCAUGGUGUGGGCACUGUAAGAAGCUUGCACCAGAGUAUGAGAAGCUUGGUGGAAACUUUAAGAAGGCUAAAUCUGUUCUUAUUGGAAAGGUCGACUGUGACGAGCAUAAAAGUGUCUGCGGUAAAUAUGGCGUUUCUGGUUACCCAACACUUCAGUGGUUCCCCCAAGGUUCUUUGGAGCCAAAGAAAUAUGAAGGCCCACGUACAGCAGAAGCCCUUACUGAGUUUGUGAAUACUGAAGCAGGAACUAAUGUGAAGCUCGUGACAAUUCCUUCCAGUGUAGUGGUUUUAACAGGAGAAAACUUCAAUGAGAUUGUCUUGGAUGAAACCAAAGACGUUUUGGUUGAGUUUUAUGCCCCUUGGUGUGGUCACUGCAAAAGCCUUGCUCCCAUCUAUGAAAAGGUUGCAUCUGCCUAUAAAUUGGAAGGAGAUGUUGUCAUUGCUAAUCUGGAUGCUGACAAACACAAGGAUCUAGCUGAAAGGUAUGGCAUUAGUGGCUUCCCCACCUUGAAGUUCUUCCCCAAGGGAAACAAAGCUGGUGAAGAUUACGAUGGUGGCCGGGAUGUCGAUGAUUUUGUGUCUUUCAUCAAUGAAAAGUGCGGAACUAGCCGUGAUGGAAAAGGGCAACUCACUUCUCAAGCUGGUAUUGUUGCUAGUUUGGAUGCCUUGGUAAAGGAAUUUGUUAGUGCCAGCAAUGAGGAAAAGAAAGCAGUUGUAUCUCGCAUAGAGGAAGAGGUUGAAAAGCUGAAGGAUUCCUCUGCAAGGUAUGGUAAGAUUUACUUAAAGGCAGCCAAGACUUGUUUGGAGAAGGGUUCUGAUUAUGCCACUAAAGAAAUGGAGCGUCUUAAGCGCAUGCUUGAAAAGUCAAUCAGCCCUGCAAAGGCAGACGAGUUCAACUUGAAGAAGAACAUAUUGUCAACGUUUGCUGCUUGAUCUUCCACACAAUCUUUUGGCGCAUCUUUGAUAGGCUUGGUUUAAAGUGUAGCAAAUGACUAUCCAUGUUAAUUUCAACAGGAAAUAGAUCUUUAUCUUGAGUUCAUAUGAUCUGCGGGAAGUAAAAUCACGAUUAAUCAUAAAGUUGUUCACUAUCAAUUGUUGGUUGAAUUUUGAUUUUUUUUAGAGUUUUCUCUAAUCUUCUUUAGUGCAGGAAGUAAAUUUCUCAGGGUUAUGUUAACUAGGAAUUCUUAUUUCGAACAUUGUAUGCGUCAAAAACGUAUUUUGAUUUUCCCUUGCCAUAGAGCACCAUGUAGGAAGUUUGUCUUGGAA